AUGGCUUUGAGAAUGAAAGACAAUGAUGAGUCGCUUAUUGAAGAAGGACCUGAACCUGGAUCCAUAUGGGGUUUAGUGUUUGAUGGUGGUGUCAACGCAUAUGGACAUGGCAUAGGAGCUGUAAUUAUUACUCCUCGAGGUUCACGUAUAUCUUUCGCAGCAAAGGUUGAUUUUGAUUGCACCAACAACAUCGCAGAGUACGAGGCAUGCAUCCUUGGUUUGGAAGAGACUAUUGAUAUCCGUAUCAAAUUUCUUGAAGUGUUCAGUGACUCGACUCUUGUCAUCAAUCAGAUUAAAGGAGAGUGGGAAACUCGUCAUCCUGGUUUGAUCCCAUACAGAUAUUAUGCCAGAAGAUUGUCGACUUUCUUUACUAAAGUAGAAUUCCAUCACAUCCCUCGAGACGAGAACCAGAUAAUAGAUGCUCUUACUACGUUGUAUUCCAUGUAUAGGGUGAAUUUGCAUAGAGAAGUGUCCUCCAUCACUAUCCAGACCCGUGAUAAACCGACCGAUAUCUUCAACGCUGAAGUUGUGUUAGAGGAGAAGUUGUGUAUGGCUACACGCCAGGAUUAG